AUGCCGGAAGUGUAAAGGAAAUCCAAGAUCACCGCCUCCCGCAAACUCAUGCUGAAGAGCCUGAUGCUAGCCAAGGCCAAGGAGUGCUGGGAGCAGGAACAUGAGGAACGAGAGGCUGAGAAGGUGCGUUACCUAGCGGAGCGCAUCCCCACCCUGCAGACCCGAGGCCUGUCCCUCAGCGCCCUGCAGGACUUGUGCCGAGAGCUACAUGCCAAGGUGGAGGUGGUGGAUGAGGAGCGAUAUGAUAUUGAGGCCAAAUGCCUCCACAACACGAGGGAGAUCAAGGACCUGAAGCUGAAGGUGCUGGACCUCCGUGGGAAGUUCAAGCGUCCACCCCUGCGCCGGGUCCGUGUCUCAGCUGACGCCAUGCUCCGGGCCCUGCUGGGCUCCAAGCACAAGGUGUCCAUGGACCUACGGGCCAACCUCAAGUCUGUGAAGAAAGAAGACACGGAGAAGGAGCGGCCCGUAGAGGUGGGAGACUGGAGGAAGAAUGUGGAGGCCAUGUCUGGCAUGGAAGGCCGUAAGAAGAUGUUCGACGCUGCCAAGUCCCCGACCUCACAGUAG